AUGGAUGACAAUGUAAAAUUUGUCUUCGACCUCAAGAACGUUUUGGCGCCGUGCACGCGAAUCGGCUCGGACAUCGUUACGGUUGCAGAUCAUCUCAGAAUUGCUGAAGAGAACAAAAGGAACUCGCCGGCGUGGAAAGACUUUGUACCGCAAGAUGGCAUGGCUUGCGAAUUUGUACCAUUUGCGAUUGGCUGGUAUGGUGAGAUGGGUCGGGAAGUGAAGAGUUUUGUUCG